CAUCCUGUGUAUUGUGUAAAUGUAGUGGGAACUCAGAAUGCUCACAAUCUGAUCAGUAUUUCUACUGAUGGUAAAAUGUGUUCAUGGAGUCUGGACAUGUUGUCACAACCACAGGAUAGUAUGGAGCUACUGCAUAAACAUCCCAAGUACGUUGCUGUCACAUGUCUGUCUUUUCCAACUGGUGAUGUCAAUAACUUUGUUGUAGGGAGUGAAGAAGGCUCAGUAUACACUGCAUGUAGACAUGGCAGCAAAGCUGGCAUUAGUGACCUUUAUGAAGGUCACAAUGGUCCUGUAACAGGGAUUGAUUGUCAACAUGUUCAAGGUCAAAUUGAUUUUUCCCAAUUGUUCCUGACGUCUUCCUUUGACUGGACAGUUAAAUUGUGGAGUCUAAAGCAACAAAAGCCACUGUAUUCAUUUGAAGAUCACAGUGAUUAUGUAUAUGAUGUGAAAUGGUCUCCUAUCCAUCCUGCUCUGUUUGCUGCUGUUGAUGGUAUGGGCAGAUUGGAUCUCUGGAAUCUUAACAAUGAUACUGAAGUUCCUACAGCUGGUAUAGUAUUAGACACUCAGCCUGCUAUUAAUCGUAUUCGAUGGGCUCAGUCAGGGCACCAGAUUGCUGCUGGUGAUGCGGAUGGCAAGAUAUGGAUUUAUGAUGUAGCUGAGGUCAGU